AUGAAACCUGAAGGGUUGAGCAAAGACAAUAUUUUGGAUGCACUGCCGGAGAAUUACGUUCUGGACAAUGUCUUGGACCAAGGAGGAUUCGGUCAGGUGGUGAAAUGUUUCACCAAAGACACGGGUCAGGCUGUGGCCGUCAAGCUGCCCUUUCACAUGCAGGACACCAAGAUCGAGAUUGCUCUGCUCGAGGAGCUGAUGGAAGAGAGGAUGGACCAGCGAAACAUCGUCAGGUUCAUUGAGGCGUUUGACACCAGGUUGGGGAGAGCCAUGGUGUUUGAACUGUUGGACAUGAGUUUGUGGGACCUCGUGGACAAAUAUGAUCUUCUGCCUCUGUCGGACAUCUUCAUCAUUGUGCAACAGGUGGCCACAGCGUUGGACGUGCUCAGAGAGCGCUCCAUGGUCCACUCAGACCUGAAGAUGGACAAUGUGAUGGUGGUGAACCAUACUCAGAGGCCUCUGCACGUCAAACUGAUCGACUUUGGUUUGACCAUGCCCACAGGCGAGACUGGGAGAUUGACGGUCCACCACGCGAUGUACAGGCCGCCAGAAGUCAUUUUAGGCUCUGGUUGGGACGAAGGCCUGGACGUGUGGUGCCUGGGACUCAUCAUGUCUUAUCUGUGGCUUGGGAUUAAUUUAUUCCCUGAUGUGGAGUAUGAGGCUCUGAGAGUGAUGCACAAACUCCUUGGUCCUCCUCCUGAGCACAUCCUCAAUAAAGGGAGUAAUACCAUCAACUUCUACCAAAGAAGUCGCAGCGGAUGGAACUUAAGGACUCGAGAGGACAUUAAGGCUUCUGUGAAUUAUGAAAUUAAAGAGGACGACGGUUUAGAAUCCUUCGAUUCCCUCACUCAACUGAUCACGGACUUUGUGAAGGAGGACGAAGUGAACACAGAACCAGCCUUAGACCUCCUCAAAAAGCUGUUGGACAUGGACAUGAACGACAGGAUUACUCCCAAACAAAUCCUGCAACACCCAGCCAUCUGUCAUGAACAAAAGGAUGACUUAACAAAUUCAGCUCACAGCGAGGAAGAGGAGGAGCACAUGCCUUUGAGUUGUUUGGAGAUCAAUGACAUUCUUCCUAAAGAAUACAAGGUCAUUAAGAUGUUGGCCAUUGGAAAGUUCGGGCAGUUUGUCAAAUGCAAAAACAAGAGCAUCAACAAGUUUGUGACAGUCAAGGUGCCGUAUUCCAACAACCGGACUCAGCGCGAGGUCAGGCUGCUCCAGAAGAUCACAAACUCUGGGAUGGAUCAUCAAAAUAUUGUCACAUUCGUAGACUCGAUCCAAACCAGUUAUGGAAAGGUUCUGGUGAUGGAAUGUCUUGACAUGAAUCUGUCUGCCUACAUCGACAAGCGCUACCCUCUACCACUGGGACACAUCCGGAGCAUUGUGAAGCAGACGGUCAAUGCGUUACAAGUCCUGGAGUAUAUAAAGGCUAUCCACACUGGGGUCACAGCAGAAAACAUCUUCAUCUGCAGUCUGUUCGCACAAACUCCCACAAUCAAACUGGCUGAUUUUGGUUCUGUUGUUCGGACAAAGAAGGCCAAGGCAGGCAUGAGGGUGCAGCAGCUCGCAUACAGAGCUCCUGAAGUCAUCCUGGGACUCCCUUUCAAUCAGUCCAUAGACAUCUGGUCCUUAGGCUGUACUUUGGUUCAAAUGGUCACCAGAGUUCAAAUGUUUUCCAACGAGAGUGAAUUCAAAAAUAUGGAGACUAUGGUCAAACUGCUUGGACUGCCAAACUCCUGUGAUCUGGACAAAGGUCUUAGAACAAGAGAGUUCUUCAAACGUGUUGGAGGUGGAUGGGCGCUGAAGACUCUCGAGGAGUUCGAAGACUUUCCCAAUUUUCGUUCGGCUUUGACACAUCUAUACUUUGAAAGAUGUCCUUCAGAGACCAAACUACUCCCGUUCUACAUGAAGAACCCUAAAGAGCUGACUGAAUGCUUGGACCUGGCCGAGAGCAUGCUCUAUCUUGAAGAAUCUGACAGAAUCACUGCUGCUGAAAUUAUGGAACAUGACUUUAUCAUACGCAGUGAGAGCAACAAAGCUGAGCUCCAGGAGGCUCCUGUGAUCUCUCCCAGGGUCAUUAUGGUGAAACCGGCCUCACCAGAGAACAUCAUCGAAUUCCAGGAGCUUGAUGAUGUUCAGAAGGAGAGUCCCAAGGUUCUGAUGUCCAGAGAGAAGGCUCAUAGAAGCUUUAACAUGACCCAACAGAAGAACAGACGCAGUGGGAGCAGCAGAGCUGAGGUCCAGGAAGCUCCUGUGUCCUCGCACAGGGUCAUUAUGGUGAAACCGGCCCGACCAGAAAACACCAUACGAUUGCAGGAGGGUGACCUGGUAAAGAGGAUUCUGAUGUCCAAAGAGAAGGCUCGUAAAACCUUUGAUGUGAUCCAACAGAAGGACAGACGCAGUGAGAGCAACAAAGCUGAGCUCCAGGAGGCUCCUGUGAUCUCUCCCAGGGUCAUUAUGGUGAAACCGGCCUCACCAGAGAACAUCAUCGAAUUCCAGGAGCUUGAUGAUGUUCAGAAGGAGAGUCCCAAGGUUCUGAUGUCCAGAGAGAAGGCUCAUAGAAGCUUUAACAUGACCCAACAGAAGAACAGACGCAGUGGGAGCAGCAGAGCUGAGGUCCAGGAAGCUCCUGUGUCCUCGCACAGGGUCAUUAUGGUGAAACCGGCCCGACCAGAAAACACCAUACGAUUGCAGGAGGGUGACCUGGUAAAGAGUGUGACGAGUGUGGAGCUCCACUCCGCAGAGAGGACCACACAGAGAGACCCUAUUCAGGACCAGCAGCAGAGUGACAGUCGACUUAAUAUGGAGACAAAGGCUAAAGACAGAGAGCCCGCUCCGAUACAGACUCCCACGUCUACUCGCUGUGACGCUGUAGACGAGAGGCUCGAAGACAGGCCUAAAAGGAAACUUUGGAUAAAGAGAACAGCCAAAGUGCAGCCUCUGAACGACUCCACACUGCCCCCUACUGAAGAUGAUUUUGUCCCAAAGAAGAAGAGGAAAAACAUCUUCAGGAGGGCGUUUUCAUUGCUCAAACGCUGCAGCUCAGCUGACCAUCUCCCCCUCUAUUGA